AUGGAUCCAAGUGAAGUCGAAUUUCUCGGUGAGAAACGACUAGUCAACAUAAUACCGAACUUCAAUUUGGAUGUAAUCUACCUGAUCUCAGGCUCGGUAGGACCAUUUCGCGCCGGUCUGCCUGUUAAAGUACCAAUUUGGCUUGCCGUUUAUCUCAAACAAAAGCAAAAAUGUCGUAUUAUCAACCAAGAGUGGAUGGAAGUCGAGAGUCUGAACGAGAAGAAAGAAAUGGAAAGGAUGUCGAAAUUAUUCACAGAGAUGCCCAGUUAUCAUUACAUCGAUGAGAGUCAUAUCUUGCUGAAUAUGGCAGACGAUGAUAUACCUGAUGCAGAUGGUAUAAGGACUGCUAUAAAGGAUAUAUGGGAUAUAAGAAUGUCUAAAUUGCGUACAUCUGUGGAUGCUUUUGUAAAAAGUGAAGGAGUGCAUGCAAGAUUGGAUCAUCUUACUGCAAUGGAAAUUAACGGAAUACGCCCAUUGUUAUCAUUUACAUUAGACCAAAUAUUACGGAUACAAUCUGCAAUUUCAGGAGAGGCAAGUUCUCAAUAUAGUGGAAAUGUAUAAUGAAAAUAACAUUGAAUUACCAAUUGUUAUUAGCAGAUUACACAAGUAGUUCGCUAAAAAUGUCUCCUUGGAAAAUACUCGUUGAUAAGGGAAUAAGGAUAAUAGUAUUAGUGCGGCAACCACGACCAAUGCUACAUCACCAUAUACAGAUACGUCCAGCGUAUAAUAUAUAUGCAAACGCGUGUUGGGAGGUGCUUGCAAGUUGAAACCUGCACGACCGGCAAGGUCGAGGAACCUAACGCAACCAGUCAGUCGUUAGUGGCGAGAUAUAAACAGAAGGAAUGGAAGAGACGAGAGCUGCCUUCUCGCUCUUAAGAAAAGAGCGGAAUAUUGAGCGUUGCGAAAUCUCUUUCGAAAUUUCCUGAGGAAAGAGAAAUGAAAUCGCUAAGAGACUGGAAAACACAAGCUAUUUGCAAACGGUACGUGGCAAGUUGCAACAUUAAGACUGUACUGUAGUACAAAACCACAAUGUGUACAUUAACUGAUCAAUUAAUCAAGACAACAAUUCAAUCUUCAGAAAUUGUCAAAUACGUUCAAUAGCAGACCCAACAGUAAUUUACAUAUCAUACAAAUACUCUUGUACUUCUUAAAGUACGAAACUUUCUGAAUUGCUAAGUCAUCCGUUUCUCUUUUUCAGAACGGAGUUCUUUUUAAGAUAUGUGGCUUCGUCGUCAGGUAUAUUAAAAUACCACGUAACGCGUCAAGCAAACACAUGACGGUUGCGAGUCCCGCGGGGACGUUACAGUAAAAUAACGGACAAUCGAUCUUCGCAUGUUCCACUUAUUGCUCGCAUCUUAGAGUCCACCAAUGUGUCCAGUAUUAAAUAUUUCAUGUCGUCGCUGCUGUAGCAAUUCGACGUGAAUUAGCCGUGACAUGACUUUUUUUUCGGCAUGUCGGUAGAGUUGUUUCGCUUGCUUUUUCUCUACAAAAAUAAGAUUCGCGUUACGCUGAGACUCGUUACGCACAUCGAAAGGGUCAAAAGCGUGGCAUACGAAUCAAGUUCCUUCGGUUGGGCAUUCCCGACACGACUUCCCCCUCAGGUGCAUCCAUGCCGCGGAGCGUAACGUUCUCGUUCACGAGCGUUGAACGGGACGAGAAGUUCAUCGUCGUGGAAUGCGCCAGGAGGAACAAUGCGCGAGGAGUGAACGCGCCUUCGUAACCGCGCCGCUUCCGGCGUAGACGCGUAGGACCCGAGAAUACCAUCUCGUGGGAAUGGGUCGCGUCCAACCUUUUAAUACAAGACGCGGUAAUUGCCGCGCGGGGCACUCGUAACCAUCCGUCUUGUCUCGCAUUCCCCCGCGUUGUCGAGCGGCGAGGAUGACAGGAACCACGAGUGGUCGCGUGUAGAAUGCCGCGCUCUUAUCCUACUCAGAACUCGAAUUCGCGCUCGAUGGACUUCUACUGGAAGUGACUUUGAUUUUAUCCUAAACUUCUUGCUACUGUACGUGUUUUCCGCUUGUAUUUCUUUGCACGACGAUGAGGAAACUCUAUGAUCAUGAUUUAAACUUCUUUGAUCAAUGAGAGUGUCUCGCUGCUCCAUGCUAACUCAAUUUAUAUAUCAAUUAAAAUACAAUCUUCCUAAAAUUCAAUAAAGGAAUUCGAAAUAAGAUCUUGGUCGAUAGAGAUUUAUAGAAAUGAGAAUUCAAAAUAGGAUCUAAACUGAUAGAAAUUCGUAGAAAUAAUUAUCUCUAUUUGAUCGCACAGACCUGGACACGCCUGUCCAGUCGUCAGCAUUACCCAAUCGAAUUCAUUAUUAAGUCUAAACGAAGGCUUGCCAGAUUUAAGAAAUCUCGUUGUGUUGAAGGGAAAGGGGAGAUUUGCAACUCGCAAAUGGACACUGAGCUCAUAGAGCGUCGAUAAACAAUAUCGCGACCACGCGCAUGUUAAGAAUGAGAGCGAUCAAGAAUCGCCGGGCGGGUAGGAACCAACGAGAGAGAGGUCGAGCGACUUCGGAAGCGGUCGAGGCCAUCUGUUACGCUCGGUUCCCACGCUUCCGCUGCCACCGUCGCGCCUUACAGCCGGCAUUUUAUUCCAGUCGGAUGGCACGGUCACACACGCACACGAAAUUCCUCGAAUUAUGCGGGCGCAAUGAAAAACAAGUCUCGUCUUGCGGCUUGUAUCUAGAGGCUUAAGUAAAAACUGUUUAUGCGUGUGUGUAACUAUGCGCCCGCUGCGCGGCGUCGACGAUCUCGUGAUAACUUAUCUUGUACAUUUCCUUGUUGGAAUUGUGAUGUAUGCUCUAUCGAAGGUACCGUUUCUGUUAUAUUUACAAACGUUUUUCUACAUUGGCUGUCCUGAUAUCGUAUGCCAUUGUUAGUGCGUUAAUUACGGCGAUAUAAGAAAUUUUAUCCAAUUCGUCGUAAGGCGGACUGUAAUUAGUCUAGUCGUGAACACGACAAUGUGCCAAUCGUACAGCAUUGCAAAUGGAAAUCUAACAUCGACAACUGUCUGCUGGAAUGAAAAAAGCGUCAUUAUCACGUGUCAAUAAUGCUCAUCUUUUUCACUUUGCGUGAAGAAGCUAUUGGGAGGUCAAGAAAAUAACGGGAAAGGUGAGAAAGAGAGCAAAGAGAGAGAAGCGUCUGAUGUCUAACCUCAUCGGUAAUAAUAGGCGAUUUGUCCAUGGUGUCGUUGAUCGGGCUUGGUGGUGACGUGGGACUAGCGCUGGGGCUUACGUGGAAGCCCUUGGAUUCCUUGGCGGAUCUCUGGGGCGACACCCUCGCCGGGAAACUCAGAGUUUUGGUCCACUGCGACAAACCGCGCACCAUCUUCGUCGGAGGCACUAACGUCACUCGCGCAACCGAGAUGACUCGCGUCUGUUGCUGGUACCAUUCACGACGUCUUGGCGACGAGAGGCUAGUCUGCCGUUUCUCCUCUUUAUCGCGUCUCUCCGCGAGCUCAGGUAAGCGCGAAUCCCACUCACUCCCUCGUUCGCCGAGAAGUUGACUUUGAAUUUUUAAAUCGAUCCUCGAGAUCUCGCACUUUCGUCGACGCUCUCUCAGCCAAUGUCAAGUGGUAGCUGACUUCAGCCGACAUACAUACGCGCACUUCGCGGUGAGGACCUCGUACGCGACCUUCUGAGCGAUGAAAACACUCCGCACGAUCCGGUACUGUGCAGAACGGAGUUCACUGAUGGACUGACACGCAGGCUGUGACUAGUUCUGCGGCUUCUCUGGACCGAGCGUCAUGGUGUCGACUGGGACAACGACGGUAGUGGUGGUCGCGCCGGCGGUGGAGGAGGAAGAAGAGAAGAGGGAGGAGGAUCGGUCGCGAGCCAGAGAAGUCGCCGGAGCGACCGGGAGACCGUUGUGCCGAAGGAUGGUGCGCAACGAGACAAAUAUCGUCUUCGGGUCUUCUCGUUCCGCAGACGUCGGAGAAGG